AAAUAAAGUGAAUCCUUUAGCCUGGAAGUUAUAUGAAGAAUAUUUUGCAGGCAACAAUAUUUUGAAUAGUGUUAAUGAAUUAACUCGGAUAUAGUCUUUUUAAGACAAUAAAAUGGUACUUCGUUCGGGUAUAAUAAUUCCUUUUCAGUUCCGUGACAGUAAGAAACUUCUAAUGAUUGGAGUGCCUGAAGAAAACCGCAAUUUGAACAUCUGGGACUUGAGAAAUGUUGUGAGAGCAGCAUUUGGAAUUUAUAACUUUGAGUUUCGAAAUAAAAAGAUUGGAUUCAACAUACCGGAUGAGCUGCUUUUGCAUUAUUUGGCGCAAUGCCAUGAUCUAACCAAUUUCGUUAUAGAAAUUGGACAAGGUAAUCUAAAUGACAUACCAGAUAAUGGCAUCGCUGACUCGUCUUCUGCAGAGAACUUUAUUUCUACAGACAUUUCCUUACAAUUACAUGAAAAUAUAAACCUUGUAGAAGCUCGGAAAACAAAAUAUGGAGAUCCCUUUGGUAGUAAAGAUACUAAAUGUACAGAAGAACUACCUAUUUUCGAUGGGCGAAAAUUUUUUACAAGUGCUUCCGAAUCCCCUAAUAAAGAGACUGCUUUCCAAGGUUUUUCGGACCAAACUGAAGAAUCUAAAUUGCUGGUUAUUACUAACGAGCAAAAAAUUACAAGAUCCGACCCUAGUGACUAUGAAAUCGAAAAAACACGGACACUAAAGAAGCAAUUGUUUGAAAUCGAUCAUUUACAAAAUCAGCAAAACCAAGAACUUCAUUUGUUUGGCCCAGGACAUCUUUUUGAAAAUAGAGCCAUCACUGACACCCACUUUAAGAAAAUUAAUUACCAGCAACAUCAGUUUGCUUCAUGUUCAAUGAACCGCUUUCGAAGGAGAGGAGAGAGAAUGUCUAAAGACCAAAAGGAAAUGUAUGUUAAAUAUUUCGAAGAAAACCCAUGCAUGCAGUCUCAACGACGCAACGAUUCUUUAUUAGAAUCCCAUUGGAAUAAAUUGACUUCAAUCUUAAACAAUAUACCACAAGGAGCGGUAAAAAAUGUGGAUGAAUGGAAACAAACAUUUGAUGCUUGGCGGUACAGAGUUUUUAUGUACUAUCGCUACAAUUACAAACUGUCUGGUUCUGUAACGCACAAUAUAAAAAAUUUCAAACCACUAACAUCCACCGAUCAGCGAGCGUAUUCAAUGUGGACUAGUUAUAAAACCACACCUCCGCAACAAUCAGAUUAGCUGGACAUAUUCCGCAAACUGGAAAUUGAACAAUCUAAAUACACUUAUUGAAUACCAAAGCAAUCUAUACACCCAUAAUGUACAAUGUCAUAAUUUAUAAAUAUAAAAAUUCUAAAAAACAUAAAAACUCGACUAUAUAUUUUGGUGGUGUACAUGUAUAUUCUGUGAACUAAGUUUUAAAUAUUGUAUAUACAUACAUUUUAUUCUUCUAUAUA